AUGGCCCACUCUCUCCUAGAAGUUCUAAGUGAUGUGCUCCUAAAAGAGUCAGAUAUGGGGGAGCAUUGGGAAGAGGAAGGGCAAGAUCAUCCCAAUGAAAUAGUUCUUCUCACAGUUGUGGUACUUGAUGAAGAAAGAAGCACUGAUGUGAUAUCUCUAGAUUCUAGUGAACAGUCGCUUUGCUCAUCACCAAGGCCCAGCAAAGAUCUUAUUGCAUAUGAAGUCAUGGUUAACCAGAGAAAUAUAGAAGAUGUUUGCAUAUGCUGUGGCGAUCUCCAGAUUCACACACAACAUCCCUUAUUUUAUGGAGGGAUGUGUAUUCCAUGUAAGGACAACUUCUUGGAGUCAUUCUUCUUAUAUGAAGAAGAUGGGUAUCAGUCUUUUUGUACAAUCUGCUGCUCAGGAAAGACACUACUUACAUGUGAAAACUCCAAUUGUAACAGAUGCUACUGUUUUGAAUGUGUUGAUGCCCUUGUAAAUCCUGGAAGUUCAGCAAAAUUUCAAGCAAUGAGCAACUGGAUAUGCUUCUUGUGUCUACCCUUGACAUCCGAAAAUGGAUUACUGAGGAAGAGGAGGAAAUGGCGGGAGAAUCUAAAGGAUUUCUAUAAUCAAGAAUCUCAGAGACCUCUGGAAAUGUAUGAAACUGUGCCUGCAUGGAAACGCAAACCAAUCCAAGUUCUGUCUCUUUUUGGUGAUAUUGAAGAAGAACUUGUCAAGUGUGGAUUUUUGGGAAACAUUCCUGGUAAUGGAAGACUGAAACAUCUGAAUGAUGUCUCAAAUGUAGUCAGGAAAGAUGUAGAAGAAUGGGGACCAUUUGACUUAAUAUAUGGUUCCACUCCUCCAAUUGGACAAAUCUCUGAACAUCCACCUGUUUUACAAACCCAUGAGAAAAAUAACUCAUAUCACUUCCUUCCCUUGGUAGAGACAGAGAUGAUAAACUAUGGAUGCAGAAUUUUGCACACUGUCAAAAAUGUAUGGUACUUUCUCCAGUAUUACCGAGUUUUACAGUAUGGGAAGCCCAAGAUGAACAGUGAACAGCCAUUUUUCUGGAUGUUUGUGGACAAUUUAGUCCUGACCAAAGAUGAUAGAGAAAUUGCUUCUCGAUUCUUUGAGACUGAUCCAGCGACCAUAUAUGAGGUGUGUGAUGAGAUGGUCAAGAAUGCAGUCCUUAUAUGGAGCAACAUACCAUGCAUUCAAAGCAAUAAUUCAACUUUGGCUUCAGAUUGGGAUUUGUCUCUACUAGCACAGAACAUUAAAAGAUUGAAUGUUUUUUCUCUGAGACCAGCUAGGCUUGUGAAUAAAUGUUUUAUUUCUCUGAGGGAAUAUUUUAAAUGUUUUUCUAAAGAUCACAUUUUUUAAUUUCAAAUGAGUCAUUUACCAUGAUGAAAAAGAUUAUUCCUUAAAACAUGUUUUCUAAUAUUAUAUUCUUUUGUAUAUAUUUUACCCUUGUUUUCUCA